UUUCACACAAACCCUUUUCUUGUGAUAACAGCUGAAUACGCACAGUCCAAGAGAUGCACCUGUAGCUACAGGUCUCCCACUCAGCGUAGCUGCAGUCUUGGUCCUGCCCAGGUCCCCUCACACUGUUUAUUCCUGUAGGGACGCAAUUACAGGAAGAAUAUUGUCCCAUCCUCAGGCUUUCCUGGUUUUUGAGGAAAGUGUGAGUGGAGUGCAUUCAGUGGCCCCACAACUGACUGCUGACGCCAAACACCCCCGCUUCUGGUUGGUUGCUGGCAGUUGAUCCCAUGAUAGGGGAGGGGGGAGGCGCACACAUGCUGACUCAUCGGUACUUGGAGUUGACGACGAGGCCCGAAAGCCUUGAAGUGGAGGGGGGCGGCCUGGGCCGCCGAGGCGCAGCAGGCCCUGACCUGCUGCUGCGGCGGCCCUGCGCCGCGGUUGCUAUGGCGACGGGCGUGGCCAAGCCGAGAGGGGGCGCCGUCAUCCACGCCGGGCCGCGACCAUCGUGUCCGUGCGUGUGGGGGUGAAACUGAAAGUGAAGGGCUCGGGCCGCGGCGAGGCGGGAGCGAGCUGCUGCGCUGCGCUGCGCCGCGCCGCGCCGCGCUGCGCCCGGCCCCCUGGGCCCCAGCCUACCGUCGCGCUCGUCCCGACUCCCAUGAGCGCUUGAGCCGUCCUGGCCUGAGCAUGUCGGAGAGUUUCGACCGAGCUCCAGGUGCAGGCCGGGGUCGAGGAGCUGCCGCGCCCCUCAGCGGCGGCGGGGCCCGCCUCGGGAGCAGCGGCUCUCACAGCUCACUCUCGGCCGGGAAGCAACAGCAGCAGUCGGGCGGCCGCUUUCCGCAGCAGGAACCGUUGCGGCCUCCGAAGACGGCUCCGCUCGGCACCGCAAUCGCAGAACACCUGCAGCAGACAGGAGUUGCAUCUGGAUUACAAGAUAAAGUUUCAGUUCCUGAUUCUGGACCAGAAAUGGCUGAACCUCAAGUGGCCAUGACUCCUGUGGUAACAUCAAAAUUGUCUGUUAAAGCACCUGAGUUUUAUCCAUCAGGAUACAACCAGAACUUCAAUCAGAACAUCGCAGACUCUUCCUUUGAAGAGAGAUAUGACAACUAUGUGAAUUUGGCGGAAUAUGUACAAGACUUCCUAAAUCACCUCACUGAGCAACCAGCUUGUUUUGAAAUGGAAAUUGAGCAGUUUGCCGAAGUACUGAAUGGUUGGGUUACUGCAGAUGAAGCUUUACAAGAACUUGUUGAACUCGUCUAUCAGCAGGCUACAUCUGUCCCAAAUUUUUCCUACAUGGGAGCACGGCUGUGUAACUAUCUGUCUCACCAUCUAACCAUUAAUCCACUAAAUGGGAACUUCCGACAGUUGCUACUUCAGAGAUGUCAAGCAGAGUAUGAAAACAGAGAUGAAGCUACCAAAGGAGAUGAGACUACUCGAAAACAAUUUCAUGCUUUUGUGCUAUUCUUAGCUGAGCUUUACCUUAACCUAGAGAUUAAAGGAACAAAGGGACAGGUAAUGCGAGCAGAAAUUCUUCAAGAAGGUCUUCGGGAAUUGCUAAAUGCACUCUUUGCUAAUCCUGUGGACAGUAAUUUGAUAUGUGCAGUGAAACUGCUGAAGUUGACAGGCUCAGUUUUAGAAGAUGCCUGGAAAGAAAAAGGAAAGAGUGAUAUGGAGGAAGUGAUUCAGAGAAUUGAAAAUGUUGUGUUGGAUGCAAACUGUAGCAGAGAUGUGAAACACAUGCUUUUGAAACUAGUAGAGCUGCGAUCGAGUAAUUGGGGUAGAGUUUAUGGAACUUCUUCACAUACAGAAGCUACUCCUGAAAAUGAUCCAAAUUAUUUUAUGAAUGAGCCAACAUUUUACACUUCUGAUGGCGUUCCUUUCACUGCAGCAGAUCCAGAUUACCAAGAAAAAUACCAAGAACUGCUUGAAAGAGAAGAUUUGUUUCCAGAUUAUGAAGAAAACGGGACAGAUCUCUCAGGACCUGGAGAUCCGUAUUUUGAUUACAUUGAUGAAGAGAUGGAUCCAGAAAUUGAAGAAGCAUAUGAAAAGUUCUGCCUAGAAUCAGAACAUAAGAGGAAACAGUGAGAUAUUACACAUAAAUAUUAGUUUAUUCAACCACUUUAGGUAUGGUUACAAUACAUGGGGAUAUUAAACAUUUGUACCAAAAUAAGGAGCUUGAUUUUUCUCUUAAGUACUAGUUAUACAAUUUCCGUUUUGUUUAACAGUCUGCCAAAAAUUGUAAACUUAUGCCCUGUAACUUAAAAUGUUGUGUAUAUAUCAUAGUUUAUUUUAUGUACAGGUAUAUGAACAAUGUUUUGGCUGCAAUAAAAAAUAUUUUAAAAUUAUUAUAAUUGGAAUUAAAAUUUAAUGGGGAACUGUCCCAUACCAUUUCCCUUGAAGGAAGAAAAGGGAAGAAUAACUUUGUGAAAUUUAAUUGCUUGCUUGGUUUAGUAUAUAUGGGGAUUUACUCAUCCUCUUUACUGUAUACAAGAAGAUAUCUGGUAUUUAAUUUGGAGAGGAGUUUUUUGUUUGCUUGGGUGUGUGCUUUUUGUUAAGAGUGCAAUCAAAAUGUGGAUAUAUUUUAUUCUGUAGAUCCUAAUCAUGAGAAGUGUUUUUUGAAGGGUUUGGGUUGUCUGGGGUUUUUUGUUUUGUUUAUUUCUUUUUAAUCUCUCUUCUAAAACCCAUAUGGGCAAUAUCGGGACUUUUUUUCUUUCUGGAGUAAGCAUGUUAUAUGUUGAUAUGUGAAAAAGCAAGCAGUCUUUUGGAAGUCCAGUGCUUUCAGGUCUUGGUUCAGAUAAGCUUAUCUUCAACUUUUACAUGGAAAAACAAUCCUUUAACUUGUUGUAUUCUUCAAGACUUUAUGAAUAUAAUUGUGUUGCAACCAUGCUUCUCAAGAGUAUGUGCAGUACUCAGUUUUUUUCAAUGUCUCUUAAUGUGUCUAACCCUCCAGCAACUCUUAUAAUUUUUUCCAUUCUUCUAAUUUUAUGUAGUUUGAUUUAAUUUUGUAGUUGGAGUACAUUAAUGUAUUUCAUAAAUGUCAACAUUCUAAAGCCAACUGCUUUUUUUUGACCCCUAUAUAAUCGUGUUAGAUUUUCCUAGAGUACUCUGUUGUUGUUGUUGCCAAGCUCAGUUGUACAGUUCCGUGUUACUGGUUAGAUUGAGUAGAACCCCUUACCAAAACCAGAUGGAAAUAUUUCCCACAAGUUAGGUACUAUAAAGAACACAUGUUGUAAAUAUGCAUGUAAAUAAUUCUUUUAAUAUUUCACUGUUAUUUGUUUGGUCAAAUAACUUGUGCAUUUGCUAAUAGAGUGUUUUUCUGGAUGUUUAUUUAACAUAUUUAGGUUGGAGCUUUGGAAAAUAAAAAUUAAUUAGCUUUG